GUCUUCUGCGUCACUUAUCCGUAUCGUUCACAUGAUGUGUACUUGAAAUUUUAAAUGUGUUUCCUAUUUUGAAAUAGAUAUGAAUUUAAUCUGUAGUGUUCAUUAGUGUUGUGUCGUGAGCACUGAAGUACGGUAACCGUUAGUGUGGCAUUUAGCAUAUUUCACAUCAUUAUUAUAUUUAUAUAUCAUUUACUCCUAAAAAUACUAUCCAGUCAAUAUGUCUAGCACGAAAAACGGCUUAAACGGCUCGCCUAGAAAGAAACCUAGAACUGAUACUGAAACUAAGGUUACUGUAGUUCUCGGGGCCCAAUGGGGCGAUGAAGGAAAAGGAAAAGUAGUGGAUAUGCUCGCCGAAGACGUAGAUGUGGUUUGUCGGUGCCAGGGUGGGAAUAAUGCGGGGCAUACUGUAGUCAUUGAGGGAGUUGAAUAUGAUUUUCACUUGCUUCCAAGUGGAAUUAUUCAUCCCAAUACCAAGUCUAUUAUAGGCAAUGGCGUCGUCAUACAUCUACCGGGGAUGUUCGAUGAGAUCGAAAAAAACGAAAAGAAAGGUUUGAAAACGUGGAAAGAUCAACUGAUUAUAUCAGAUAGAGCUCAUCUCGUUUUCGAUUUCCAUCAACAAGUAGACGGAUUGCAGGAACAAGAAAACAACCAGAAAGGUCAAGGUUUAGGUACUACCAAAAAAGGUAUCGGACCGACUUAUUCUUCCAAAGCCACCAGAAAUGGAAUCAGAGUUGGGGAUCUACUUGGAAACUUUGGACACUUCACUAAAAGAUUUCACGAUUUGGUGAAUAUGUAUCAAAGAAUGUUUCCUUCUUUGAAAGUGGAUACCGAUUCGGAAUUGAAGCGGUACAAGGAAUACGCCGAAAUAAUCAGACCUCUCGUUAAAGAUACAGUUUCUUAUCUGGAUAAGGCGGUUAGAAGCGGAAAGAAAAUUUUGGUGGAAGGGGCGAACGCGGCCAUGUUGGAUAUCGAUUUUGGUACGUACCCAUACGUAACGUCGUCAAACUGCAGCGUCGGUGGCGUCUGCACCGGCUUGGGGAUAUCCCCCCAUAGAAUAGGAGACGUUAUAGGAGUGGUUAAAGCUUACACGACGAGAGUCGGUGACGGACCGUUCCCGACAGAAUUACAAGAUGAGAUUGGAGAUUUGAUGCAAUCGCGAGGAGGUGAAAUCGGCGUAACUACCAAAAGGAAAAGGCGCUGCGGUUGGUUGGACAUCGUACUAUUACAAUAUACCAACAUGAUUAACGGCUAUACCGCUUUGUGCCUCACCAAAUUGGACAUAUUGGACAGUUUACCGGAAAUAAAAUUAGCCGUAGGAUAUAAUUUGAGAGGAAAGAAAAUCGAAUAUUUUCCUUCGACUGCAGCAGAUUUAGCCGAAGUCGAGGUUGAAUACAUAUCGAUGCCUGGAUGGAAGAAGAGUACGGAAGAUGUGAGGGAAUUUAGUCAGUUACCGGAACAAGCCAAAAAUUAUGUUAAUAAAAUAGAGGAUUUAUUAAAUGUUCCAGUUAAAUGGAUAGGAGUGGGGAAAAGCAGAGAAUCGAUUAUAACUAUUCAGGACUAGUGAAUUUGAAUUUUAGUCGAAUUGUAAUUUCUGUAUUUUAAGCUUUAAAUGUGAAUUUUUCAUUUAAACACUUCCGCAGUGAUUCGGUACUUAUUUUAAUACCGUCAUUUUUACAAUUACAUUUCAAUACUCCUUCAUAUUUAUAAAAAAGAAGAAGAGUGAAGACGUUUUCUUCUCUAUCAUAUAUUUUUCAAAUUAUUGAAAAAUACUAAUUGAAUUUCCAACUUUGAUGCCCUAUAAUUCGUUAAAGUGAUGAUUUAAAUUACUAAAAAUGUAAUUGGCGACGGUUUUAAUAAUUUUUUCUAUUUAUAGGUAUUUAACAUUUUGCCACAUAAUCUAAUCAAGUAUUAAAAAACCAAAUAUCUUGAUUUGUAGUAGAAAAAAAUAUUAUUUUCCCCCUAUACGGUCAUUUUUCAAAACAAUUUCAUUAAAAACGUUCAAAUUUUAACCCCUAUAUAUCAAAAAUAAAAUUAUUUCUCAAGAACAGUUACAAAUUUUACAUCCUGUAUAUUGUGAUUUAGAACAAGCUUGUAAAUAUCUAUUUCGAUAGUUUUCAAUUCGACGCUCUGUAUAUUGAUACAAAAUUCUUUUUAACAAAUUCCUAAAUUUCGAUUUUUUUCUUUUUAGUUUUUAAAUUGAACACCCGGUAUAUUAUGGAUAAAGUAAUUAUUCUCGUAUAUUUAAAAAAAAUCGUUUUUUUUAACUUAAUUAUGUUUUUUCAGAUUUUUUUCAUUUUUUUUUUUUUGAGUGACCCCCUCGCCUAUUAUAUUAUGAAUAAACAAAUUUCUCAACGUUUUUUUAUUUAAUUGAAAAUUUUCAAUAUUCUAAUUUUAUUAUUAAAAAUUAUUUAAAUUUUUGUAAUUUAAAACAAAUAUAUAGAAAAACCUUGUAAAUUGGGCCCCCAUGAAAAAAAUUACCGCACUGAUCAAAAAAAUAAUGAAAAGAGCACAGUAUGAAAAAUUUUAUCUAUUUUCAGGUUUUUUCAAUUUUUUUUUUUUUUUUUUCGAAUGACCCCCUCAACUAUUAUAUUAUGAAUAAACAAAUUUCUCAACGUUUUUUUAUUUAAUUGAAAAUUUUCAAUAUUCUAAUUUUAUUAUUAAAAAUUAUUUAAAUUUUUGUAAUUUGAAACAAAUAUAUAGAAAAACCUUGUAAAUUGGGCCCCCAUGAAAAAAAUUACCACACUGAUUUAAAAAAUAAUGAAAAGAGCACAGUAUGAAAAAUUUUAUCUAUUUUCUGAUUUUUUUAAUUUUUUCUUGAGGACCCCCCCCCCACCUAUUAUGAAUAAAUAAAUUUCUCAUCUUUUUUGAGUUAAUUGAAAAUUUUCGAUAUUCCAAUUUUAUUAUUGGUUAUUUAAAUUUUUGUAAUUAAAAACAAAUAUAUAGAAAAAAACCUUUUAAAUUUGGCCCCCAUGAAAAAUAAAAAGUAUCACACUGAAUCAACAAUUCAUGAAAAGAACACAAUAUAAAAAUUUUAUCUAUUUUCUGAUUUUUUUCAAUUUUUUUUUGAGUGACCCCCUCACCUAUUACGAAUAAAUAAAUUUCUCAUCUUAUUUAAAUUAAAAAUUUUCAAUAUUCUAAUUUUAUCAUUGAAAAUUAAUUAAAAUUUUGUAAUUUAAAACAAAUAUAUAGAAAAACCUUGUAAAUUGGGCCCCCAUGAAAAAAAUUACCGCACUGAUCAAAAAAAUAAUGAAAAGAGCACAGUAUGAAAAAUUUUAUCUAUUUUCUGAUUUUUUAAAAUUUUUUUUUGAGUGACCCCCCCACCUAUUAUGAAUAAAUAAAUUUCUCAACGUUUUUUUAUUUAAUUGAAAAUUUUCAAUAUUCUAAUUUUAUUAUUAAAAAUUAUUUAAAUUUUUGUAAUUUAAAACAAAUAUAUAGAAAAACCUUGUAAAUUGGGCCCCCAUGAAAAAAAUAACCGCAGUGAUUUAAAAAAUAAUGAAAAGAGCACAGUAUGAAAAAUUUUAUCUAUUUUCAGGUUUUUUCAAUUUUUUUUUUUUUCGAAUGACCCCCUCAACUAUUAUAUUAUGAAUAAACAAAUUUCUCAACGUUUUUUUAUUUAAUUGAAAAUUUUCAAUAUUCUAAUUUUAUUAUUAAAAAUUAUUUAAAUUUUUGUAAUUUAAAACAAAUAUAUAGAAAAACCUUGUAAAUUGGGCCCCCAUGAAAAAAAUAACCGCACUGAUUUAAAAAAUAAUGAAAAGAGCACAGUAUGAAAAAUUUUAUCUAUUUUCAGGUUUUUUCAAUUUUUUUUUUUUUUUUUUUCGAAUGACCCCCUCAACUAUUAUAUUAUGAAUAAACAAAUUUCUCAACGUUUUUUUAUUUAAUUGAAAAUUUUCAAUAUUCUAAUUUUAUUAUUAAAAAUUAUUUAAAUUUUUGUAAUUUAAAACAAAUAUAUAGAAAAACCUUGUAAAUUGGGCCCCCAUGAAAAAAAUUACCGCACUGAUAAAAAAAAUAAUGAAAAGAGCACAGUAUGUAUGAAAAAUUUUAUCUAUUUUCUGAUUUUUUAAAAUUUUUUUUGAGUAACCCCCCCACCUAUUAUGAAUAAAUAAAUUUCUCAUCUUUUUUGAGUUAAUUGAAAAUUUUCAAUAUUCUAAUUUUAUUAUUAAAAAUUAUUUAAAUUUUUGUAAUUUAAAACAAAUAUAUAGAAAAACGUUUUAAAUUGGGCCCCCAAGAAAAAUCCAAAAAAACCGCACUGAAUAAUCAAUUCAUGAAAAAAGCACAAAUUUGCGUUUAUUUUCUUUUUUUUUUCAAAAUUUUAUAUACAAUAUAUACCAAACUUGUUAAAACAUUGUUUUGUUGAUGUGGGAAAAGCUUUCAACAAGCACAACUUGUUAACGCAAUAAAUAUAUUCGUUAUUAUACUGCUUAUACAUAUUUUGAAUAAAUACCAGUACACCAAAA